AUGGAUUUGAUGCUUAUUUUUAUCGCCAAAAUUGUGUUGAGCCUACCAAUUUGUCCAUAUGAUAGCACAGGAUCAGUGUGUAACAAUUCAAAAUACAUGGUUGAUUCCAAGGUAUGUGCACCUACCUGCCCUUCUCUUUUUUCUCAUUAUCAGUUGAAUUGCCCUUCAUGUGAAAACUAUUGCAGCAAGCCUGCUACUGCAAAUGAUGCAAUCUUAUUUACAUUGGAACUAUCAACUGUCAAAGAUUUAACUUUGACUUAUGUAGCUGAUUCUUCAGAUUCUAAUAGCUCCUCCUAUUAAAUUUUUAACCAAAAAUCAAAUCUAAAUUAUAAUUAUUUGGCUUUUUCAUAUAAAUAAUUGUUUUUUACCGAUUAAUUUAAUCGAAAAAUGAGAAUUGUUUAUAGAUAUAUUGUUUAAAUUUAAAGAGAGAGUAAGAAAUUUAUUAAUCCAGGAGGAAUUUCAUAUAAAUCUCCAACACAAAACUCUCCUCUUCCUACCUUUGACCGUGGCUUCUAUUUUGCGACUAUGCUACUUUCUAAUGAAUUUGGUAAAUAAUAAUACGAAUAUCUAUAUUUAUCCUAAAAAAUGUACAUCAAGCAUGAUUGCAAACCAGAGCUACAUUCCAGGUAUUUUUUUCCUUUUGAACUUAUGAAUAAAACCUCUAGCAAGCGGAGACAUUUUAAAUAUCCAAAUAAGCUCGGCUACGUAUAUUAGGAUAUGAGCAGAUACGACUGUUUAUAUGCUUGAUUUUAAUAUCUUUAGUUUGGGUAGACCAUCGUGAAAGGUUGGAUCUCUUCCUAAUCAAAGUUUGUUGUCUGACAAAGUAGUUCACCUGCCCUAUCGCUUCAUCAGUCUUUUCAGUGGCUAAAGUGGUUGCAAUUCAUUGAUUUUUGCUUACAGAGUGUCAGCUAGAAAUUCAAAAAAAAUGAAUUUUCUGGCCGAAGUAAAGUCUUAAGCAUAGGGCACGAUGUCUAUCAACAGGUUGGGUAUAUGCUGGAUGGCAUAAUGACGUUUUCUGUUAUCUCCUGAGAUGCUUCUUGGGCUUAUCCUUUUCAACUCCAUGUCCGACCAGUCCAAAAAGUCCUUAAAAUUGAACUUGAUCUAAGUGCCAUCACUCAUUUAAAAUUGUUAUCCAUAUCUAAGCUAUCAAAAGCAUAGCCAGCAUAACUAAAUGCCCAAGGCUUGCUGACCAGAUAAGUUCUGGUCCAAGACAUCAUAAUAAUUAUCGACUAUUUAUACUCUCUUAGCUGUUUUUCAUAAGGCUUGGAUUGUCAAACCUAUUUUAUUUUUCCUAACACUCUGUGAGCGAACAAAACCAUUGGAAAAUCCCUACCUUUUCCCCAAAAACAAACCCUCUUAAGCUAGAAUAUUUUUUUAAUAGAUAUAUAAGUGAUAAUUAUAAGGAAAUUUGUAGCUAAUUUUGCUUAAUUUUAAACACCUUACAUUUUAAAACAUAAAUUUUGUAAAUUAAAUAAAUAUUACUUUCCAAAUUGGGUUUUUUAAUUUUUUAAAAAAAAUUGCUAUAAAAUUUAUAUAUAAAUUUUUUUUUAAAAAAAAUUAACCCAUUCUAUGCAGAUAGGAGUAGUAAGUAUAAUCAAUUGAUUUAUCUCUAAAAUGGAAAGGUUUUAUCCAAAAAAUCAUAACUACUAUACAAAUGCAGUAUGUUAAUAUAUAAUUCAAGUGGGGUUCAAGUCUCACCAACUGGAGCGACAACUACAGCUUAUAAUUCAUCUUGGCAGAAACUUUCAGUGGCCCUUAAUCAGGCAUCCUGCGCCCAAGCAUAUAUAAUUUUCUAUCUGAAUGGAAGCCCUAUAGGAACAGCAGCUUUAGCCAACUAUGAAAUAAUCUUCCCAAGUGGGACUUACACGUGAACUUUUGGAAACAUAAGUGGAGGAAAUUCAUUUAGAGGGUUCAUUUACUGGCUGCAGGUACGAGUUGACUAUACAGUUACCCAUGGAACUGUGACUUCUGCUGCUUUUAUUAAAUGGCUCUAAAUAGUUCUUUUCUAUAUUAUAGGACAGUUUCUUAGCGGCCUUUGCCCAGCAAUGUGCAAAGGAAGAGGAUAUUUAAAAUUUUUUGAGCCACAGUUUUUCGCUGUUUGAGCCCUUAAGCGAGACACGCUCAGAAAUCAAGUGAAGAGUGAGACGAGAGCUGUAAAAAUUUAAUCCAUGCCAUUUGUUAAAAAUUUUUAUAGGGCUGUGGGAAGAAGGUUUGUGAAAUAUCAAUUAGGGCUUAAAACGGUUGCCAAUGUAACCUAAAUCAUCCUUCUCUCCGCUAUAAAGGAAAAAAAAAUCCUGUUCAAUUUAAAGGGAGGUUAAAUUUUUUUUAAAUAAAAAUAUAUUUUGGUACAAUUAUUCAAUUUAAAUGGAGAGCGAGGAAAAAGGCUGCAUAAUAAUUAGUUAAAUAAGUGACUCCUACUGUUAAUUGCAUUGAUAACCAAUAUUUAUCAGGCUCUUCUUGCGUAAACUGUGAUGGAAGCUGCCCUACAUGGCCUUGAUGCAUAUCUGGGACAAUCUGUAAUGUUUGCUUAUUAUCUGACUGUAAUUCCUGUUCAGGGUAUUACCCAUUGAGCUGCUCUUCAUGCAAUACAGGACUUCCUCCUUAUUGUUGUGAUCAUUUAGGGACAACUUGCACUCAGACUUGGGCAAAUACUGCGUGUAGCACUGGAGUCCCUGAUAAUGCAGGAGUUUGCUUGUAUGGGUAUCCUUAUGGGUGGUAUAAUUGCGGAAAUUCUUGCUAUGCGGUUUUGACCGUAGAUUUUACAGGAAAUUUUGCUGGAGUUUAUGGGUCUGUGUUUAAUACUGGGACAAGCUCUAGCAGCUAUAAUUAUUGAAACUCUCCUGAGAUAGAUGACCCAUUUCCAGCAAAAAAUAGAGGCCUUUAUUUUAAUUCUAACCAGUUUUUAGCUGGGUCUAUAAAUCUUUCUAAUACUUGGAGCAUGGGGAUUUGGGUUUUUGCUGUUUCAGGGACUAUAAUUAGCCAUAGCAGUAAUAAGCUUACUAUCAGCUUAAGUGGGACUAUUAAUUUUGAUUUACUCCUUCCCUAAAUUUUGAACAAAAAAUUCCUGUUUCGACUUAAAGGGUUUUGUUUUUAAAAUAAAAAAAAUAUAAUGAUUUUUUAAUUAAGAAUUUUAAUUUAUUUUUAUAAAUAAUUAUUAAAAGAUUAUUAUAUUUGCAUUCCGAAUUAAAUUAGGUCAAAGCUAUUUAUAAAAAAUCAUUUUCACUAUAAAAUUCUCCUAUUGAAAAAAAAAUUACUUCAAUUCAAAAGUGGCUAAUAAAAAUUUCACAUAUAUUUUGUUCUAACUUAAAAAGGGGUUAGAAAAAUGAGACGGGACAUCCGCAAGCAACUCAGCAUCAAAAUCUAUAACCUUAAACACCUGGAACUAUGUUUCUUAUUCAGUUGGCUUUGCUAAUAAAGCUACAACUUUAACGCCAUAUAUUAAUAAUGUCGCUGGAACUGCAGUUACAGUCACAGAUUAUGUAUUCAGAUUAGCAGAUGGUGGAACUUUAUAUAUAGGAAAGGGCUCACCAAAUUUUAAUGGAUUUAUUAGCUAUUUUCAGCUAUGAGGAACGACUGUUACAGAUUUUUCAGCAUCUUAUACUGUAUAUACAAGUGCAGGCACAACUCUAUGGCCAUGUGAUUAUGCUCAUUAUUAUGAUGGAAGCACUUGUAAAACCUGUCUAGGGUCAUGCACAAUAGGCUGUACUAGAGGGACAUCUUGCUAUAUCUGUGACGAUUUUUUAUGCUCCCAAUGCUCAUCUUUUGCAUCUAAUUCUUGCACAUUAUGCAUUUCUAAUGCUUCUGGAACUCCAUGUACAUGUGACCCUGGCUUUUAUCAGCCUAUAAACCAAGCUAUCUGCUCUGCCUGCUAUACUGGCUGCAAAACUUGUACAGGAAGUGGCUACCACCAAUGCACAAGCUGCAAAAGUGGCUUUUAUUUUUUAAACAUCCAGUGUUUAUCUGAAUGCCCAUGAGGCUACCUUCCCAACUCUGCCACGAAUUCUUGUACCCUUUCUUCUACUACUUAUGGGCUUUCUUUUUCUAAUAAUAUUCUCCUUGACACUAUUUCAGGAGUAAACGUAGGGUUGUCAAAUGUUAAUACAUAUCCUACAUAUGAUGCCAACGACCCUCAUCCUGCAUAUUUGAGAGGGUAUUAUUUUGAUUACAAUACCUAUUUAAAGACAACUUUUAUGCUUGCUCCGACUUUUUCAAUUGGAAUGUGGAUAAAACCGACUGCGGCUGGACUUGUGAUAACUAAAUAUGUGUCAACAACCCAAUGGUUUGUACAGAUUUUAAACUCAGGGUAUGCUAAGCUUUCUCUGUUGUUAUCAGACACAACAACGACGAUUUCUGUUAUAGGGACUACCUAUCUGCUGAAUCAGGGGUGAUUUUUUGUAUCGUUUGAGUGCAAAAUUAAUGCUGCUGGGACAACAACGAUAAAAACUUGGACUAAUGGGGCUAAUUUAAUUGCGGCAACAACAGCGACUCCUCUUUAUCUUUUAGACAGCUUUGGUCUAAUAUAAUUAUUAAUUAAAAUGCUUUCUGUAAGAAAAUCAUACUUAAAAUAGCUAUUAAUUCUUUAUUUUAUUAUAAAAUUCCUAAAUUCAUCGUUAUUAUCAUUAUUUUCAUUAUAAUUUUUAGACAGCCAAUCAGGCUCUAUGUAUAUUGGACAUUAUGAUUUAGGAUUUUCUGGAUUUUUAUGGACAUUAAAAAUCUACUGCCAAAGCGGAUUCGCAUUAAGCGAUUUUACAACAGUUGGAUGCAGUAAUAGCUGCCCUAAAUGCCCUGCUGAUUUUACCUGCUUGGAUGGCUGUCCGUUAUCACAAUAUUUUAAUGGUUCUGCCUGCACAAAUUGCAGAGCAAAUUGUUUGAAAGGAUGCAGAAAUUCUGAUACUUGUAGAUUAUGCAAGAUGAAAGAAUGCGCCACCUGCACAGCGUUCACAGGGGCGAAUUCCUGCUUGACUUUGUAUUACUACUAGCUUUUUAAUGUGUUUCUGCUUCCAGCAGAGUGAAGACUGCCUUUUUAAUUCCCAAGUGGUGACGUCAACAGCAAUCUCAUGAGCUGCGUUUGGCCUCGCCCGAACCUGAAUCAAACACUUGUUUUUUUACCUCAUAGAAAUUCAUUUACAUCCCUACACACUAAAUUAAUGAAUUCUUCCCAGGGCCACCCUCCUCAGGUAUUGUAAUUGCCCGAGGAUGGCGCUAUCUUGCGCCAUCUUCGGGCAAUUUAAAAAAAUGCCCCACACCGGGAAUUGAACCCACGUGUGGGCCCAUUUUUGGUGCGUGGAAGUCGAUGUUCUCCACUAACCAAAAAUGGCCCCACACGUGGGUUCAAUUCUCGGUGUGAGGCAAUUACUAUAUGUCAGACAGUGAAACAUCCACAAUAAAAAUACCACAGAGAAGAACGGAUUUUGGGACUACUUAUGUUAUAGCCAUUUUAUCAUUAUGCUUAACUUGUAUUACAAAUGCAGUUCCUGAUGGGACUGGUGGCUGCACAUGUGCACAAAAUAGCUUGUGGAUAUAUUCUUCAGAGACAUGUGAAAUUUGUGAUAUGCUUUGCUCGGUUUGCUUGAAAAAUACGUAUUUUGAGUGCUCUACUUGAUAAUAAAAUGGAAUAUUUGGAGCUUAUCUUGACUAUAAUGGGAGUUUUAAGCCUUUAUGCAUAGCAUAGAUCUAUAAUAAUAAAUAAAUAAGCAAAAUAAUAAGAAAAAAUAGGUGCGGCGAAUAAUUUAUUUAAUGCUAAUUAUGAACGCUCUACUUGUUCAGGAAGCUACCAAUUAGUUGGCACAGUCUGUCUUAACAGCUGCCCUUAUGGAUAUGGAACUUCUUGCUUGCCAGUAUCAACAGCAGUCAUAGACCAAUCCUUUACUACAGAUUUUCAAGGCUUAUAUGGAAUUUUCACCACAGGCACCAGCUCUUUAUCUUAUAACUUUUUUAACACCCCAGAAACUUUUGACCCAAUCCCAGCUUACAAGCGAGGCCUCUAUUUUGAUGGGACUAUGGUCCUUACCUCCUCCAACAUCUUGAUUUCUCACAGUUUCUCUAUAGGAGCCUGAGUUUACGUAAUUUCUAACGGUGACUGAUUCCAAAAACAAUUUCUCCUUUCCUUAUCUACAGCAGUAACUAUUACAGUCAAUAUGGAAGACCCAUUACAAAGCAGCGACACUCAAUCAUUGACUUCAAGUACUGUAUUUUCAGGGUGGACUUAUUUAUCAGUCACUUUUAGCUAUAGUUUAGCUGUUACAAAUUUAGCUAUUUAUAUUAAUGGAGCUUCUGCUGCAACUACUCCUGUAACAAAUAGGAUAUUUAGGGAUAAUGUAGCUAGAAGCUUAUGGGUAGGAAGAAGCAGCUCUCCUGGGUUUGUGGGGUUUAUUAACAGUUUUCAGCUGUGUGGUCAAGCAGAGAUCCCAGCCUGACCAUAUAUUAAUUUAGCAAUGGGAAUUAUAGCCAAAUGCCUAUAUAGAUUUCUCUAUCGAAAAUUAAAAAUAGAUGGAAAAGGACUUUGACGAAUUCUAUUUAAAGGGACGAGCUGGAUUUCUAUGGUAUGAAGAAUUAUACAGAAUGUUUAUCUGGUUAAAAUUUUUUCACUAAUGAAUAUAAAGAGUUAAUUAGAGAAAUACGCUGGAUUUCGCUUUGGUAUCCCAUUUUAAAGCAUGAAUCCAGUUGAAUUCUGCUUUAAAUUUGAUAGAAACAAAUAAACCAAUCAAGCAUAAUUAUUUAUCAUAGAUAUAUACAAUAUCUAGCAUGAUUGCGCGUUUUAGCAAGCUUAAUAUGCUUAAAUAGUUUAUUUUACAUAUAAUAUAUAUUAUUUAAAUAAUACAAAAAUUCUUUAUUAGUAUAUGAAAUAUAUGUAAACAUGCUAUAGAUCGUGUUUUAAUAGCUUAGAAGUGAAAACAAUACAAUCUCUCUUAUAUUUCUUAUUAUCACAACUAGGCAGUUUGGCAUUGAGGUCCAUGAUCCCGGUCCGGGGUGAGGGGAUCUGCGCUUUACCCAGCUGUGAAAUGUGCCGAUAAGUGAUUUUUCAAGCUAUAUAAAUGGACUUUGUAGCUCAGGCAGCUCUUGCUUGUGGUCUUGUGAUUUAUCUCAUUAUUAUGACGGAACGAACUAUUUAGCUUGUAAUUCCUGCAGCAAAGGAUGUGUCAGGGCAGCUACAUGCAAUAUUUGUAAUGAUCUAUUAUGCGCUAUCUGUACCGGUUUUGAUUCAGGGAAAUGCAUUCAAUGUGUUACUUAUGCUAAUGGCGCUCCUGGUCCAUGUGUCUGCAUUACCGGCUAUGGUACUUCUCCUGAUGGAUUUUCAUGUGUGGCAUGCUACAGUGGUUGUAGCCAUUGUACAGAUACAGGCUAUAAUAAAUGCACUGCCUGCUAUUCAGGGCUUUAUUUAUUUCAAAAUACCGGACAAUGCUUAAAUGAGUGUCCGUCUGGGUACAGCACGAAUUCAGGGACAAAUAUAUGUGAUUAUGCAUCUGUGGUCGGGGUAAGUCUAGAUUUAACAGACCAGAUUCGCUUUGACACAGUUUCUGGCUUUAAUGUAGGUUCUGAUAAUAGUAAUGCUUAUCCAAAUUGAUCUGAUUCCAAAGACCCAAUCCCUGCUUAUAAAAGAGGCUAUUAUUUUUACCACAACAACUAUAUGUCUUCUACUGUUAUGAUUGCUCCAUCAUUUACAAUUUCUAUAUGAACUAAACCGCUUGGUGCUGGGAUUUUAAUGACUAAAUACACUUCCAGUGGCAUUUUUAAAAUAAAUGUAGAUUCCUCAGGAUAUCCAGAGCUUUCUAUCAAAUUUAAUGAUAAUUCAUCUUUAGUUCUGACAGCUUCUACAAGUAUUUUAAACAGCUGACACUUUAUAAGCUUUACUGGACAAGUCCAAUCUGAUGGGAAAACAAAAUUAGCUCUCUAUAUAAAUAAUGCAGCAUCUCCUGCUAGCACUAUACCGAUAUCUUAUAAAUACCCUUAGUCUUUAAAUUAAAAAAUUAUUUGUAUUAUUAAAAACAAGCUAGGAUACCAUGACAACAACUUUGACUUUUUUUAAAGACACCAAUGCAGGAUCUCUAUAUAUAGGAAAUGAUGAAACUUUUACUAGCUCAGGAUUAUAUGGAUUUUUAGCUCGGCUAAACAUAUAUAACUCUUAUAGUCACGAGUUUGAUGAUUAUGCUACUUCUUCUUGCACAACUGGCUGCUCUGUUUGUCCUGCAAACUAUCAAUGUUUAAGUGAGUGUGAUUUUAAUAAAUAUCCAGACAGCUGCACAGCUUGUUCAAGCUGCAGCCAAGGCUGCGUCAGUGGGUUUACCUGUGGGCUUUGCAGGGACAAAGAAUGCUACUCGUGCACCACCUUUUCAGGAGAAUGCAUAAACUGUAUCACAAAUGCUUAUAAAUUGGCUGGGCAUUGUAAAUGUCUUGAUAACGCAGUAUGAGUGUCAAGUUCUAAGACCUGUGAAUUUUGCAAUGCUAUUUGUGCGUCUUGUUCUACUAUUAAAUAUAAUGGCUGCAUUACAUGUAUAUCAGGGAAUUAUCUUAUUCAGUCUUUAUGUAUUACUUUUUGCUCUACUGGGUAUAUUAUAAAUGGUAGCAAUUGUGAUAGUGACCCUGCUUAUAGUAAUUUUUUAGUAUUUAAUUUGAGGCCUCAUCAAAUAAAGGACAUUGUAGUCGAUUUAGCUUCGAGUAUUCCAGUACUUACAGGCAAAGAUAAUGAGUUUUAUCCGAAUUAUGAUACAACUGACCCAAUCGCAGCUAUUUAUAGAGGGUAUUAUUUUUCUGGGUCAGCUUAUAUGCAGCUGCCUCCUUAUACAGCCACUUCAUCACCGUUGUUUACUUUUUCUCCAAAAUUCACUAUAUCGUCCUGAAUAAAGCCAAUUACUGCCACAGCGACUAUUUUUUCCAAGCAAGCCAAUAGUGGUCUGUUUGAAAAAUAUGUCUGUCUUGAACUGAUAAAUAAAGCUCCAUCACUUACUAUUUGGUCAAGCUUGGUUGGGUUUAUCUGGUCCUAGUGGCAGUCUGGCAGUCCGGCCCCUUCCUGGCAGUCUGGCAUUCCAACUCUACCUGGCAGUUUGGCAGAGCCAAGUAGGCCCGGACUGCCGGACUGUCAGACUGCCAGAUAGAGCCGGGCUGCCAAGUCGAGUCUUAGAGUCAGGUAGACCCAGCCAUAUUGCCCAACUAUUUCUUUAAAAGAUUCUUCUACUGUAUCCUAUACAAGCUCAAAUCCUUCAUUACAAGUCGCCCUUUCUCAAUGGAAUUUUAUAUCAGCAAUUUCUAGCACAAGCUCUACCCCUCAGCAAACCAUAAGUUUAUCUAUUAACGGAGUCACCGAUACAUCAAGUGACCUGCACGCAAGCUGGCUAAAUGAUUUAGAAAAUUCAUUCUUCAUAACAAUUGGAGCAAGCCACUUUGACACUGCAACUCUGACUUCAUUUUUCAAAGGCUUCUUAUGGGAUUUAAAAAUCUAUAAUACACCAGCUAGCCCUUUAUUCUCAAGCACUUGCAAUGGGUGCUCAUUAUGUCCAAUUGAUAACGCUAAUACAUGCUUAGAUAGCUGUCUAAUUGACAGUUACUGAAAUGGUAACAGCUGUACGCCAUGCUUAACAGUAUGCUGAGGGAUUGGUUGUGUAAGAAGUGAUAAAAAUUGUAAUCUUUGCCAAGACGUAAUAUGUGAAAUUUGUGAUGACUUUACAAAUACCUGCAUUACUUGUAAAACAAAUGCAAACCUAAUAGGUGUAAACUGUCAAUGCAAUAGUGGGUAUUAUUGGAAUACUAAUGAUGAAAGCUGUGAGUUAUGUGAUAUUUCUUGUAAAACCUGUACAUCGUCUAGUCCUUUAGACUGUUUAAUGUGUAAAAGUGGGUAUUAUAUGUUUUCAGGGGUAUGCCUAGCAGUCUGUCCAGCAGGGUAUUCUCCUUCUUCUGGUGUAUGUAUUAAGAGUAAAUCUGCUUAAAUAAGACAAAAAAUCUGUCCAUUUAAUGGGGUUAGUUUUGUUUCAAAAAAAUAGUGGAAAAUAAAUUUUUCAUAGUCAAAUUUCAUUUUUUUCAUUCUGCUCUGAAAAAAGCAAACUAAAAGUAGAUUUUCCAUUUUCAGCAUUAAAUCUGACACUCAGCUAUUUUCAUAAAGAUUCUUAUUUUUUUUACCUUUAAAACAAUUUUCCAUUUACCCAAAAAUUGAAAUUUAACUGGAUUUUGUUCGUAUUUAAGAUGGAGAAGUAAAGAAAAAAUUUUUGACUUGGAUUUGAACACUCUGAAUGGAGUCAUUUAUGAUAAAGCAAACUCGAUCCCAGUUGUUACUGGAUCUACUAUACAGUUUUACCCAGACUAUGAAGCUGAUGAUCCAAUUCCAGCUUAUUUAAGAGGAUUUUGAUUUAAUGGGCAGUCUUCCCUUUUAAGGCUGCCUGAGUAUUCCAAUUAUAUAUCACCAAAGCUUUUAGUCACUCCUACCUUCACAAUUUCUAUAUGGCUAAACAUUGAGAGCCCUAAUUCUGUUCUAUUAUCGAAAUACAGUAUUACUGAUAAUUAUUCAGUUCUUUAUUCUAUCUCAAUAAUGUCGAACAAGCCAGCAAUUUCUCUAAUAAUAAACACGUCUCCCUUUGUGUAUUCGUGCCAAACCUCACUUACUAGCUAUGAGUGGAACCAUUUAGAAUUUUCAUUGGAAGCUCUAAGUGGCUAUAAUAUAAUGUCAAGCUAUAUUAAUGGGAUAUUUGAUUAUUCUGCAAUGACAGGAUAUGGAACUUUUAAUGAUAUAGGCUCUCAUACCACAAUGACUAUAGGAGCUCAAAUUAGCUCUUCAGCAGUUUAUAAUUAUUAUCAAGGCUUUAUUUAUACUGUUCAGAUUUUUAAUGCACUAAAACCUAUAUCAAGCCUAUCAACUACAUCUUGUACUGAAAGCUGCAGUGUUUGUCCUAUCAGCCAAGUAUGCAUUCCAAACUGCAAAAUAAAAGAAUAUUGAAGUGGCCCUGCUUAUAAUAAAUGCAAUAAUUGUGAUUUUAAUUGCAAAACUACUUGUAAGGACUCGCAACCUACUUGUUCACUUUGCAAUAAUCUUCUAUGUAAAGAUUGUACUGAUUGCUCUUCCUCAGGCUGCAUUACUUGCAAAGAGAACGCUAUUAACUCUGAUUUUUGUACUUGUGAUACAAGUUAUGUGCUGGACCCUUCCAAUAACAGCACAUGUAUCCCGAUUCCAUCAGGCGGAUUCAAAGGCACAGAUGGAUAUUUUUACCCAUGCCCUAGUUUAUGCGCAGCUUGUGAAUCCCUGACCAAAUGCUCAGCCUGUAAAGAAAAUGCAAGCCUAAAAAACGACCUUUGCUAUUGUAAUAGUGGUUACAAUGGUACCAAAUCUUGCAUUUCGGUUUCUUUUUAUGCAAAUCUCAAAGCUUUAUCUGAUAAUUCUCUAUAUCUUUAUUUUUCAGAGAGUUUAGCAAACAAUUUAACAGUCACUGAUUUUACUAUUACAAUUGAAAAUCAAGGAAAAAUUUCAUGCAAAAUUGAGCAAGUUAAUAGGGCAUCAAAACCUAAGGACUUUUACAGUAAUCUUUUUCCUAAUAAAAUAAUGGUACAAUUUACUAUAAAAAUUACAGUUUUUUGCCUCUUAGUUUUUUUUAUGGCAUUAAUAGUACCUGCUAUUAUAUUUCUCUAUCAAUUUCAAAAGAAAUUGCAAAAGGGACACUAGCUACUCUCGAGUUUUUGAAUUUAAAUAAUAUUAGAUCAGUCUCUAAUGGGAUUUUAAAUUCAUCAGAAAUUUCUGCAGCUUUAAAUUCAUAUGACCCAGCACCUUAUUCUCCAAUUGUGUCAACAAUUGCUUCACAAGCUAAAGCAGCAGCUCUCAUCGCAGUGUCUGGUGCUGUAGCUUUAUCUGUGCUAAAUCCAAGCCCAAGUUCUUUAUGAAGCAUAAUGAACGUUUUGCAGAUUCUCAGCUAUUUGACUUUGUCAGGUAUCCCUUUAUCAAGCAAAAUCAGCACAUUUUUGAAUAAUUUGAACUCUUAUAAUUUAUUUCCAAAUAUUUUCCAGUAUUUUAUAGAUGAAAAUGAAGGGAAUGCUCCAUAUUCUAAAGCCCAGGAUUUUGGAUUUGAAUCUGAUCUUAUCCUUAUAACGACAGGAAAUGAUUUUACACUGUUAUUGACGUCAAUCUCAGCUUUGCCAAUUGUUUACUUUUUUUCACGAUGCUCCUAUAAAUGAAUUGGUAAAAAAUUCAGAAAAACGGUUCAGGCUUAUCAGUUUGCGUUUUAUUUAAGAUUUUGGAUACAAUGCUACCUUGAAUUAGGAGCUGCUUCAGCUAUAGGGCUUCUUAGUGUUGAAUUCAGUAAUGUCACAAAGCUUAACAAUUUUAUUAUAUGUUCAGCAGUUUGUAUACUGCUGAUUCUCACCCCACCUGCAUUUUUUUUGUUUUCCUAUAAAAAUAAAAAUCGGAUCCAGUCACGAGAAAAAUCAUUUUUUGCAUCAUUUACACCCUCAACUCCUAAAGCGAACAAAUGUUUUCAAUCAAUUCACAGAGGAAUUUUAUCUAUUAGAUAGUUUUUUUCGAAAAAUCUGAAAAAAAUUUGAAAAGUAAGACAAAUAUUUAUUUAUCUUUCAGAGUGCAAAAUAUUUAAAAAUUUAAUAAUAAUUAUGUUUAUAUAUUUUAUUAAUUUUUUUUCUCUCGUUAACAAAGGGUUAAUUCGUAAAAGUAAGAAAUUUCCAAUAGUUUUACUCAGUCAUAGAAGGAAAUUAGUUCUUUAUUUUAUGAGUUUCGGACUGAUCGUGGGCUACUUGGAACACAGUAUUACUGUGUAUUUUUUUUGAGGAGACUUAUUUAUAUAAUAAAUUUGGUAUAUUUAAGGGAUUUCCCUCAAACAGAAGUGACUAUUAAUAUUGUCCUGUCGCUGAUGACUAUUAUGCAUUUAUGAUUUUUCUGACCCUUUGAAGAUUCUAUUUUACAGGUGAGCAAUUUUUUGACGGAAAUAUUGAUUUUUUUAAUAAUGAGUGCAACAUCGGUAUAUUUGUUUGAUUUAGAGCAGGAAAUUGUUUCAAUUGUGGAAAACGCUAUUAUAGCGACUGUAGUAACAGCUAUUGGAAUACAGUCAUGCGCAUCAAUUGCCAUUUUUGGAAAAACUUUAUAUGGAGUGAUCAAGAAUAAACUUACCAAAGCAGGAAUUAUGAAAAAAAAUCCUUAUGAGUAUAAAAAACAGACUUUAGAAUCUUAA